UGGUACAAACAACGUCGCUGGAAAUAUUUUCUUCCUGUUCUGGAGUUAUUUGAUUGAUAGACUUAUUGAUUACACUUUUGCUUAUCAGAAAAUUGGAGAUAAAACGGAAGUGUGUCCGUCAUGAAACCUCCACAAAGUGGUCUUUUUUGUCGAAAAAGAAUAGCCAGUAUUUCAGCAUAUUAUACAGAAAAUAUCAAAUAUAUGAUUGCUGAAAUUGAUAGUGAAACCGAAUUCUGAUAUCAACGUCAAUUUAUAUUAUAGACAUUUAAACUGUACUUCAUUGAAAUUUCACGUCUCUUCUUGUUGUAAAAGUUCCACUUUUACUUCAUGCUUUCUUUAGUAGAUAAAAAUCCCAUUAUGGAAACUAAUCCUCAAAAAUUAAUGAACAAUAAUACCCAGGAAGCAGCAGAGCUUCUUGGGUUAUCGUCAAGUGAUUCGUUAGAUUCUCCAUCUUUUUCACAUUUUCAAGCGCCUAAACAAAAGCGAAAAGUUAGGUUCAAAAAGCCAUUCCGUUCUAGUUCAAGGCUGAAAUCUAGCCGAAGUACUUCAUCUAAAAGUUGCAAAUGGAGCUUUAUGGAAGGCUUAAAAGUAUUCUCUUAUUUUGCUGUGCUGGCAAUAGUAGGUGCUCUUUUGUGGUAUGUUAUGACUCUCAGUACAAGGAUUGAAGAACUGCAGGCCAAAUUUUCAGAUUUUGAAGCAGGUAACAGAAAUACACCUGAAGCUUUACAUGUGAUACAUUCCAGUUUAAAACAGCUUGAUUCCAAUGUUAGUAUGCUUUAUUUUGAUGCAAGGAAAAGUAUUGCUGACAUUGAAAAUAUUACUAGUGAGGUUAAGCUGUUGAAAGAAACUGCUAACAGUCUAAAAGCAAGCAUAGCAUCUGCACCUGCUAUUCAGCAACUUCCUAAAGACAUGCAUUCUUUGUCUGAGAGUGUUGCUAACUUUGGAAGUAAAUUGAAUGCUUUAGAAAGCAAUGUCAAAGAGCUCAAAGAUCAACAAUCUAAUCUACAAACCACAUGUCAGAAUCUUUCGGGUGAAUUAGAUUCUGUUAAACUUUCCGUACAAGAUUUAACAAAUUCUACUGAUUAUCAAGCUAAGUCAUCUGUAAAUACUUCAGUCAAAGAUUUGAAACUCCAAAAUGCUGUUCAAGAAGCAAAUCAGCAUGUUGAAAUGUUAAAAGGGCAACUGACAGAUGUUGUCAAAUCAGUUGAAAAAAUCAAUGCAACUUUUCGUAACCAACUGAAUGCAUAUAGCGAACUACCAGCUAAAGUUGAAACUGUGAAUGAAGCUAUUGUCUGGUUAAACAAUACUACUCUGACGCAUAGUACCCGUCUAUCAGCGCUGGAAACCUUUAUACAUUCCAAUCUAACACUUCGCUUUGACCAGGCAGAUCCUGACAGAUCUCAUUCAUUUCAAAUGCCUAGAGGAGCAGAUAUAGAAAAUUAUGUCAAUAAAUCUAUUUCAGAAGCAAUUCUGCAAAUGAUCAAUAAAGGAAUAUUCCACAGUGGCAUUCAGAAUACAAAUAAUAAUGCUAUGCAAUCAUUAGAUCAAACUCAUGAUGUUUUGGUGCUACUUGCUUCUCUUUUACAAAAGUUUGACCAACUUCCUACUGCAUAUAUUUUAACAAAUAAGAAUUCAUCUGAAAUUAUUGAAAGUAUGCUAUAUCAAGCUUUUGAAGAAAUGAUUGGUUCCAGGGAUAUUAAAAUAGAAAAUUUGGAUCAAGAAUUAAAAAAUCUCUCUCUUUGCAUUCCAUCUUGUCAUGGUACAGAAGUUGCUACAGAUAAUGGUCAUUUAGAUGAUACAACCACACCACCAGUAUUUGUAAAGUCCAUUUUGCAAGCAGGGAAUUCAAAGAAUGAUAAUCCACAAUUACAACAUGCUGAAACCCUUGUAUAGUUGCUAUUGUUGUUUAAAUUCUGGUAUUUCCGUCACAUGCAACUUUGUAGAAUCGCUGCUCUUAUAAAUAGAAAUGGUGUAACCAUGAAAUAAAUGUGAUUUUUUAUUAUUAUUAUUUUCUGUGGCAUCUUAUGGAAAAAAUUUUCAAAUAAUUUUAAAUUUUUAUUUGUUUAAAAUAGAAGUUUACAAUUGUUAUUAAAUUGACUAUGAAUAGUAUAGUGCCAAAACAUGUUCAUAUUUAUUUUGAGUUUUCAAUUUUUUAUUUUAUGUGAUUUUUUAAAAUUUUUAUUUUAUAGAAAAUAUUCUAGUUUACUGUUUUAUUCUGAAAAGAUUUCAGAUUUCCAGAAUUUAAAAUGUUGUAUAAAGGAACCUAUUAGAUUAUGCUAUAUUUUGUGACUUAAAUAAGACAUUUUAAGUAAGAGUUUUUGUUUUGUUUUUCCAUUUUCAAUAAAAAUGGAUACUUUUUACCCCUUUUUUUAAUUUCCUACCAUCAAUUUCAUUUCUAUCGUUAAAACAUUUUCUCUGCUCCUUCUUCAAAUAAGUACAAAACAAAUUUAUGAAAAUUGAAAUAUUAUUGCUUUGUGACUUAUCUCUUAUAUAGAUAUAUCAGUAUUUACAAGCAUUUUAUUCAUAUUACUUGCAGCAUCAACUAUAAACAUAUUAUUUAUUUUAAAAGUUAUGAAAGUAUUUGCAGAAUAUAUCUUACAAAGACAGAAAAGACUAAAAAUAUAAUUUUAAAGAGCAUUUAUUUUAAUAUUAAAAAAUAAAUUUUAAUGCAUAUUUAGUAUGGAAUUUAUGGUUACACCAGUUUGCUCUUGUAAAUUCUGAAGGCAAAAAUUUUGCAUUUGUUUCGUGAACUUUGUGACUUAGGAGACAUUUUAAGAUGUACUCAGUGCUCAUCCAUUUGAUCUCAUCCCAAUAAAUGUUUGCAUACAUUGAAUCCUGCCAUUUUGUCAGAGUCAUGAGAUAUGAAUAAUGUGUAAUGUAAAUAUAAUUAUUUCCGUACAUGAUUUGUUAAAUGUAAAAUUUUUAUGCAAAUGUUUAGCCAGUGAAAAAUGAAAUGCUGAGCAGGCUUUGCUGACAGCCUGAUGUGUUUUGUGUUAAAAUGUUCUAUUCUUAAGAAAAAGCUAAGCAUUGUUACCAUUCCUGCUCAUUAUCUUGCUCAUAAAUGUUCUUAAUUUACAUUAAUUAUAUCUAUCAUUGUGUAUUACUUAAUGUGAACAGAGAUAGGUUUUAUCAUAAACAAGGCUAAAUUGAAUCGAUUUUUGAUAAUUAUUUCUGAAUUCAGUAAUAAAAAUUAAUGUUUUUUUUUCUGACAUAUUCUCAUAUUUAGAAUAUGAAUCAAGGGAUCUACUCUGAAAAAAUUCAUGAAAAAUAGAAUUUCUUUCUCUAAUUCGGAAAAUUAUCAGCAUUGUUGUAAGCUUAUCAAGAUAUACUCAUAUAUUGUUUUAAUUCUAAUGCAUUUGAAUAUCAUUUUUGUAAUAUUUUUAUAAGUUUCUUUUCCACAUGUUAAACUAUGCAAAUUGUAUGGAAAUAUUUCAUGCCAUGUUGAAUUGAAAAAUCAUUUAAUUUAGGCACCUAUGUGGGAAGAUAUUUAACUGCACUCAAUUUAUUUAAAUAAGAUAAAUUACUCUUGCUUAAAUAAAUAAUAUAAUUUUUGCUUUUAAAUUUUGAAGCAAAUUUUUCUUUACUUUGUGUGUGUGGCAGGGGGCUAUACUAAGUAAAUAUAUAUUUUGUCUGAUAAAUUAUCAUUAAUGACCACUUUAGCCUUGUUUGUAAUCAAAUUUUAACUUUAGAUCAGUUUUAAUCAUUUUGGUAAGCUAUUUAAAGCAUUUAAUUAGAUUAGUUUUAAUCCAAUUAUACUAAUAUUAAUAAUACUAGAAAAUUGGUUAAUAUUUUCAUUUAAUAUUAUAUUUCCUGCGUACCAUGAGAAAUAAAAUUUGCAGUGAUUUUACAAUAUUUCUUUUGCAUAUAUUACAAUACGUUUAUGCUUAAUUUCAGAUGAAUACAAUAUGCCAUCUAAAACUUAAAGUACCUGUUGGCUAAUACACUUGUUAAGUAUUCCAGAACUAUCCAAAGCAUAUUUUUUUAAUCUCAAGUUUUAAUUUAGUAUCUACUGUUGUCUUUCAAAAGUUUUUAGUUUUGCACCGUCCACUGAUUCAGAUAUGCAAAAUUAGCAGUAUAAAAUAUACCAACUUAGUAAAUAUAUUUGACUUAACUAUAUUCAGUAUUUUUUAAAUUCCACUUUAUAUGGCAGCUGUGUUAUGUAAUGCUUUAAUCAGCAAUUUGUUUUCAUGGUGUUAUUUUUAUGUAUUUUUUAUUUUUAUCCUGUUUUUUUACUUUGUUUUAUAAUUUAAUUUUAAAGAGAAUACUGAAAAUAUUAGAAUUUUGUGAAAUAUUGCAAUAAAUGUAAAUAAAUGGAGGUUUAUGUCUAAAGGUGAUACUUACUUUAAAUAGUUAUGUAGCACAUAUAUUCUUUAGAAACAAUCUAUUAAAAUUUUUAAAUAAUUAUCAUUUUGUAAAUUUAUAAUUUGAUUAUUUGUUAGGAAUUGAGCAAGGUAUGAAGAUAAUUUCUAUAACAUUCAUUCCUCACUCAAAUUUAGACUAAUGUUAUAUUUUGAAUAAUUUUGCUUUAAGAAUUUGCUGGAAGUAAUUUUUAUUUGUCCAUGAUUGUCAUUUAGUAGAAAUUAGUUUUUAAGAUGUAUUACUUUGUUGAAAAUGUCAUCAGCAAUUAAUUUUAUGUGAUUCAUCUUGUCAUUACUUCUCAUCAAGUCUAGUCCAAUGUGUUCUGUUCCAUAUUCCAGGAACAACUUUUAUUAUGUGCGUAGAACAAUAUACUGGAACUUUAGUAAGUGUAAAAGCUGAUUUACAUAUGGUCGUAAAUGCAUGCCUGAUGUGUUAUACUAUGCAAAUAAUGCUAUAUUCCUUAUGGCAGCAUGUUAUUGUUUGUGUCACAUUAUUGUAUUUAGUUACUAUUGUAAGAUAUUUUUCAUGUCUUUUUUAUUUUUGUGAAUAGAUAUAUAUUAAGUUAUAUUUGUGAAUAUACUUACUUUCUUGCUGAUGUAAUUAUUUAUGUAAACUAAUGAAUUAUUGUUUGCUGAGAAAAUAAUUAAAGGGGUUUAAUAUAUAAAGCAUACAUCAUACAUGACAGCUUUUGCAUAGUGUGUUUUAAUUUCUUACAGAUAACAUUGGAGAAUUGUAAAUGUUGAUUGAUAUGACCUUUAUUGUUAAAUAAAUAGUGAAUUGUCUUAUUGA